CGUCGUUUCUGUGACCGCCAAAUUGCUUCCAUGCAACGUUUGUGACUCUCCGCACUCUCAUCAGAGUCGAAAAUGGAGAGCUAUGCAUUAGCUGUGUCUCCGUCGACUCCGUUUCUGAAAACACGAAAACCUCCCAAUCGAAACCCUAACCCUAAAUUCAGUCCAACCUCUCUGUUAUCUUCUGUAAAAUCAAUCGACCCCUCAUUUCACAGAACUUUCUCUUUGCGUUCUGCUUCAAGCUUCUUCAACAAUCGAGACAUUGAUUCAUUUUCAUUUUCAAAUCGAAGGUCGAAUGAAUUCAAGGUCAAGGCUGCUUCGGCUCCCGGAAGCGCCGACGAGACUGCGAAGCCGAAGGAAUUGAGUCGGACCUUUCAACUAGGGUCCAUGUUUGCAAUUUGGUACCUAUUGAACAUCUACUUCAACAUUUGCAACAAACUGGUUCUGAAGGUCUAUCCAUUUCCAGCAACAGUAACAGCAUUUCAGUUCGGCUGUGGGACCGUGAUUGUUAUUUUAAUGUGGGCAUUUAAUCUCUAUGCAAGACCAAAGAUUAGUAGAUCACAGCUUGCAGCAAUUGUGCCAUUGGCUGUGAUACACACAAUGGGCAACCUCUUGACCAACGUAAGUCUUGGAAAAGUUGCUGUUUCAUUCACCCACACAAUCAAAGCUAUGGAGCCCUUCUUCACGGUUAUCCUCUCUGUCCUGUUUCUCGGGGAGAGACCCACUUUCUGGGUGGUCUCUUCCCUCGUACCAGUUGUAGGUGGAGUGGCAUUGGCAUCCUUCACGGAGGCCUCUUUUAAUUGGAUAGGUUUCAGUACUGCAAUGGCUUCCAAUCUGACCAACCAGUCACGUAAUGUACUCAGCAAAAAGCUCAUGGUUAAGAAAGAGGAGUCUCUGGACAAUAUUAACCUCUUCUCGGUUAUAACAAUCAUUUCUUUUAUCCUGCUGGCACCGAUUGCUAUUUUCAUGGAGGGCGUUAAGUUCAGUCCGUCAUACCUGCAGUCUGCUGCAAGUCAAGGGUUGAAUGUCAGAGAGCUAUGUGUGAGAUCUCUUCUGGCUGGGUUCUGCUUCCAUACUUAUCAACAGGUUUCCUAUAUGAUACUACAAAUGGUAUCACCGGUGACCCACGCAGUGGGAAAUUGUGUGAAGCGAGUGGUGGUCAUUGUGUCCUCAGUGAUCGUCUUCCAAACACGAGUCUCACCCAUAAACUCCCUUGGAACCGCCCUGGCUCUCAUCGGAGUCUUCCUGUAUUCACGAGCGAAGCGGAUAAAACCAAAGCCAAAGGCUGCUUGACUCAAUAGUGUAAGCAAGGAAGAGCCAAAGGAGAAAAAAAAAAAAAAAAAAAACACUUGGUAACUUACCCCAAAACUUGUGAAAAAAAGGAAAAGAAAAAAAAAAAAGAGGGAGAAAAGAAGAGAGGGAUCGAGAGAAAAAUUGUAAAUCACGCGUAUUUUAGCCUGAUUAUCUCUCCCCCUCUAUCUGUAUGUGUGUCUGAAAUAUAACUGGAUUCAUAGAAGUUGGAUCCUUGAUUAUUUAAUGAAGAAAUCUUUUCUUCA